AUGACAGCAUGGGCAAGCAGCUUCCAAAGCUCGUUCGAUUCGCUAUCAUCGCCUCCAAGCUCUGAUGUUGCUCUUGGUUAUUUGAUCGACUUUUGUUUACUCCACAACGUCGGCUGUCAAUAUUCUGCAGCUCUGGCGGCUGCUCUAACCUUUCCAUCUCUAACAAAUGCGAGUCUCCCCCUCCCAAGCUUUAACGAUUCAUGUGUAUCGAGUCAAAUAGCGACGGCCGACAUUUCCUCACCACCAAGAAUCUCCCAGGCUCCUCCCUCUGGGCAUGUCGACAUGAAAGACGAGAUCCUCCAAGAUUUUACGCUCCUACCUUACUAUAUGACUCUAAGCUGUAGUAGACGGGGUAUACAGUCGCUUAUUUGCAACACAUUUUUCGAUCCUCAUAUACCAUGCAACCUCGUCAGUGCAUGGGUUCAACCAAUAUUUGAAGUCCUGGACCCUCUAAUUGCCAAAAAGGAUUACACGGUUCUUGCGAUGGUCCUGGGCAGACAACGGCCGAACAUUGUGGCCCUCUGGACUGGUGCUAUUGUCACUGGGAUGUCGCAAUUAUAUCCUACAUACUGUCGGAAUAGGCUUUUCCCGAUCGAAAUCCACUCUGCAGCUUGGACAGACGCAACGCAAACGUUUAUGAGUCUAGAUCCUCGGCCUCUUCUAGGUUGCGAUCGUAUAUACCGAUCUGAUGAAUGUCGAUUACUUUAUCUCGCAGGAGAAGAGUUGAAUUCUCGCCUCCCCAUCUGCCCUUGGCCCCCGUUUGGCACUACAGCUCUUUCUGACACUGAUAUCUGCUUGGUCCUGGGCUUAAGAAAUGGUGGUAAAGUACGAGACCCAGGCUUCUCCAGCGACACAACGAAACAAAGCGCGUAUGCCACUGUAGAUGAUACAAUCACUUUGGAUAGCCCCAAGGAAACUGCCCUGGUGAGUGAGACCAUUUCGGCGGCGAUGACACAAAGCAUAUUUGGCUGGCUACGGAGUUACGGAUGGCCUGCCGCAGAGAAGGCUAUAUACAGCCACUCAUGGAUCCCCUCAGAAGGACCAGACGAUGAAUCAGACGAUGGUCCAGAAGAUGAUGUAAGUGAUCCGGGGAAGGCCAAAUAUACAAGUGACAAGUUCGAAAGAAUAGCAGCUUGGCUCGAGCAAUGUGGAAAGUAA